AUGCAGACUUCACGACUGUCACCUGCACGAAUCGUCUCCGCUGCGCGGUUCCCGGAUGCUCGACCUGUACUGAGACAUGCACUUCUAAAGCAACGAGGCUAUGCCACCGUUUCCGGCGCUGCACAGGGAGCACCCCCGACCGCCACGAAUCGCGCCCAAGCGACGUUGAAGCGGUUCUGGAAGACGGUUGACAUUCAGGAGCGAGAUGGCGGGCUCGCGGUUACUCUCGACAAGAGGGCUCUGAAGACGCCUUCGGGAAACCCGCUGGUGUUGCCCAAGAAUAAGAGCCUCGUCGCUACACUGAUUGCGAAUGAGUGGGAAAAUCAAGAGACGGUCCUCAAGUCGCAUGCUCUGCCAAUGACUUCGUUGGCAGCCAGAGCCAUUGACACUGCGAAGGAUCCAAAGUCGCGUACGGAAAUUCGGGAAGCUCUGAUAAAGUAUCUGGAUACCGACACUGUUUGCUUCCACCAACUGGAGCCUGAGGCGCUCGCCCGUCUACAAAAGGCCCACUGGGACCCGUUACUGGAUUGGGCUCGCGCAACCUUCGACGUCCCCAUCCAUACCUUCUUCUCCGUCCUCUCCAGCACUCAGCCACCAGAGACGACUGAGAAGCUCGCAAAUGUGCUAGCCGAGCUUGAUUCUUGGGAGCUUGCUGCUAUGGAACGCACCACUUACACGACAAAGUCCUUCAUCAUUGGACUGGGCCUCGUUAAAAAGCAUCUUAAUGCCGAGCAAGCAGCCCUGGCUGCAUCAGUCGAGGUAAACAGCCAAAUUGAGAAGUGGGGUGAGGUAGAGGAUUCUCACGACGUAGACUAUCAUGAUAUCCGCCGCCAGUUAGCCAGCGCAGCCUGCCUUCUGUGUAAUAUAUAGAGCACAUCUCGUAUAGUCACAGUAAUAUCAAAACACACUCGUCAUCACUUCUUGUCGUUUGGCAAGUCAGGAGUGAAACCUAUCGGGAAGACCUGUCUAACGUUCACGUUUAUCCUCGAGGUCUGCAUGUAAUCCGCGUACACGGCCCAGUCGUCGUCCCCUUCUUCAAGAUGGGUGGGUAGGGUGUUCUCUAGGAUUCGUGGUACACCGUGGUAUGCUCUCCGGCAUGCGGGCCCGGACAUGAUGAC